GUACCGAUUUUCUUUUUUAUCACUGAAGUGCGACACACCCUAAAUCCCAGACAACGACGAUAUAUGAGCUGAUUAAUUGAUUCUAUUGUCUAGAUUGAAAUCGCAAGAAAAGAGAUCACAUAACGCUAAUCACUUAUCUAAAUGUCACACAAUACAGCUGAAAUAUCUCGACAAGGUAGCAAAUUUGAACGAGCUAAGAGCGAUUUGACAACAAGGGAGAGGAGUAGGAAGAAAAUUUGAGGAUUUCUUGCACGUUUCGGCGAGUUAAUGCUUUUAAAAGAGUGAAGAGUUUAUGACCUGAAACCCAUGGAAGUUAAUUAGUUCCCGCCUCUUCAAUUAACCCGCGGGACAUGCGCGCGGGAAGCGCAGCGGAAGUCAAACACAACAGUUUUCAACUCAGUUGAACACCUUUAAACAUACUCGAAUCUUUCGUUGCUGGUUGUCACGAUGGAAGAAAACGGCUUAGAGAUCUCAACUAUCGAGAUGCACACUGGAGGGGAACCACUGAGAAUAAUCGCUUCUGGUUUCCCUGAGAUUAAAGGAGACACCAUUCUAGACAAAAGACGGUACGUUCGAGAAAACCUUGAUCAUCUUCGCAAGCUCUUGAUGUUUGAACCUCGCGGACAUUAUGACAUGUAUGGCGCUGUGAUCGUCCAACCACACAGCGAAAUGGCCGAUUUGGGGGUGAUUUUCAUGCAUAACGAAGGAUACAGCACCAUGUGUGGCCACGCUGUCAUAGCACUCGGUCGCUACGCUGUCGACUCGGGCCUCCUCAGUACGGACGUAUCGCGCUCGAGUGUGGGUGAAGUACCUGUUUUCAUCGAGUGUCCUUGCGGCGUGGUAAAAGCCCUGGUCGAUAUAGAAGAAGGCAAAUCGGGCCGUGUUCGUUUUGUUUCUGUUCCAGCUUUUGCUUUUGGACUUGAUGUGGAGUUAAACACGGAGAAGUUUGGCCAAGUAAAAGUUGACAUUGGAUUUGGGGGAGCGUUCUACGCCAUAGUCCCCGCGCAUCGUUUGGGUGUUGAUGUGCGUUCGUCGCGACUCGCUGAUAUCGUGGAAGCUGCUAAUGCGAUUACCAACGCGGGGAAAAGUCAAAUAAAGCUGCACCACCCAGACAGUGAGGAACUAGCUUUUCUUUAUGGUACUAUCAUUACCGAUGGCAAAGAUAUGUUUAAUAGCGACUCAAAAGAGGCAACAGCGAAUGUAUGUGUCUUUGCGGACAGUGAGGUUGACAGGAGUCCGACAGGAUCAGGAGUGACAGCACGUAUUGCAGUGCAGUAUGCACGUCAACAAAUUGGCUUGCAUCAGAUGCGUGUGUUUGAGCAAGGUCUGGUUGGUUCACAGUUCACUGGUCAGGCUGUGAAGGAAACUAAGGUUGGGGACUUUGAUGCUGUUCACGUAGAAGUUGCAGGCAAUGCAUAUUACACUGGGAAAUGCACAUUCACUGUAGAAAAGGAUGAUCCUUUUAGAGAUGGAUUUCUUCUUAAAUAGUAAGGAAAUAUUAGUAAAAGAAAGGAAAACAUUAUAUUUCUUUGGAAAUCAAUUACUUCAAAUGCAUUGUUAUAUUGAAGCCACUUUAUUGAAAUGUUUACUUAAAUUGACACAUGAAAUUGUGCAGUAGAAGGGACCCUAAGUUAUUCAAUUAACUUAAAGAAGCUACUUAUCAUUUACCCAUAAGAGUUAAGCAUUAAAUAUCUUGAGACACAGGAGUUAGAUUUUUCCAAGUAAUCCUGUAUUAAUAACUAAAAAAUAUACAAUAUCUGUUUUUUUUAAAAAGUACUCUUUGAAUCAAACUCUUCAAGCAUUGAGGCCAACAAAAAGUGUUGGGAUGUAAUGACCCAGAGAAGAAUGCUCAUCAGUCACAAUCUUUCCAUAUUAUUCUUAAAAAAAUUAAUAUAUCUGUCAGAUUCUUGCAAAGCAAAAUAUUGUAUAUCUAUUCAUACACAUAGAAGCAGUAGUCGCAUAACUCUGCUUUUUUUUUCCAGUCGAGGGUGGAAGGGGAUCUUUGAAAAUGUGAAGUGUGGCUUAACCUUUUAAACCUUUAUAUCAGCACAUCAGCUGACAAGUAUAAUUUGUUUAACAAUCAAGAGCUUCUUUAGAGGGUGAUUGUUUCUUUUAUUUUUAUGUGACAAUAGUUUGUGAUUCAGGGGUGAUAUUGUAGGGAAACAUUUGAUGCAAAUCAUUCUUAGUGGUCAAAGGGUUAACUGUAACAAGUUCCAACUGUGUAAGUGCUUAAGAUGUUAUUGCAUGUUUGCAAUUGUCUCUUUUUGUUUGCUUUCAAUGUUUUUGUUUUAGGGAAAGCACCAAGGGAAAUAUUUAGUCUGAACUUAAAAAAUAAUUAUUGGCUUGUAAUUAGAGGAUCUUACGUUAAGUCCCAUAUCUUCUCCUUACAAUUGAAUUUACUCGACUGGGAAAAUGAAACAACAAACUUAUCACCUGUAAGGUGCUAUUGAUGUUUCACCCAAUUCUCAGAGCCAGUUUACUGAGAUAUGUGUAACAACCAGAACAGGGAAUUAUGGAUAAGAUCUUGGGAACUGAAGGGUUUAUAGGUUAUAUAGGUUACUGGUAGUUUAAAAAAUAUUACAUUGAAGCAAAACAUUGACAUCCCUGUCAAUGGCUGACUGAAUGGACAAAUUUACUGAACUGACCAACCUUUAACUUACAUGUAUGGAAUACAAUGUAUCAUUUUCAAUUUUGAAGUGAAAAAUUCCAUGCGAAAUAAAUAAAUAAUAAAUUA